AUGGCUUAUUCACCGCCAUUUACUCCUCCAUCAUCGCCAAGUUGUAAAGGUGCAUCAUCGGCACUGUCAUUUCAUGGAGUUCAUCCAAUAGGUACACCCACGGCAAACUGCUUAGCCGAUUCCCUUGGAAUUUCGCCGCUUUAUCGUCAGCAAAAUUCGGCUCGCUGGCAGAGUGCAGCACAAAUUUAUCAAAGUUAUCAAAGCAGCCGGACGCAGAGUCGUGCUCACAGCCCAGCACCGGAUGGAUUUCACGAACCAUUUGUGUACUCGCCAAGUUUGACUCCAGCGUUAAUACCUGAUCAUUCCACUGUUCACAAUAAUUUCGGAACACCACUCUCUGUCGUUGAAAUAGGUCGUGCUAAUCGCAAACGUCAUGCUGAAACUGGUGAUACACUAAAUGAACAAAGUGUUGGUGGCCCUUUAGAAUUAGAAGCUAUAGCUGCCGUACAUGAACUCUCAAAUGAAGUGCACUCAAUUGCUGUCUCAGAAAUCUUGCCACGAACAGCUGAUUUAAUUUUCGUGAAUGUCAAAACUGUUGAGGGUCAGCCUUAUACGUUAGAAUUAACAAUGAAAGGAUGGCGGAUUGCUUCGUUACAGUGUGAUAGUAUGAAUGGAGAUUAUAAACGGGUUGAGUUACAUGCGAAAUAUUAUGACAAUGCUAGACAACUUCUUGAAGAGAUUUCACCGGCACAUUCGCAGUACUUUACCAAAUGCUUGACUGAAAAGCUAGUUCAACUUCAUAUCUGGAGGAAAGCUCAGGAAGAAAUGGAAGAUGCGGUUGUGGAUUUACUUGACGAACAGAUAAACGAUAGUCCUUCAACGAGUUCAAAAAAAGGAACAAAAGAAAAUGACGAUUUGUCAGAUGAAGGUCUUGUGUUCAUUGCGGACAAAAGUGGUAAUCGAUGA